ACACCGUCGCGGGCAAUGACAUGUUCGCGUCGAAACAUCGCGCUGUCACUGUCGUGAAUCCCGAUCUCCGAAGAGCCGCGCGCGCUCACGGAUAUCUCAAGAAUGCCGAGGCCGGUUCGAACGCAAUCCGUCGAGGACGACACUGGCAAGCACAUAUACCUAGCGCAGUACAGUCCGUGCAGAGAUUGGCACGAAUCCGCGUAGAGUACGCGGGCUAGACUAUACGGAAAUGCGCCUAGUGUCCCCGUGGAGCCGCGGGCGGACAGCUCGACGUUACGACGCGGCCUAUCGGACGGCUUGAAAUCGAGGUUUCCACCAAAGACUAGGGAACGCGCCCGAUAAAAUAUGGUGCUGUCCUCGUUCGAGUGCGCCGUUGUGAUCCUUGGGAAAGCUCCAACAGUCCGCGGAGCUACGCCCGGAGCAUGUACGUAGUCGGCGGAGGAACGAUACCGUCUACGUACCCCGUUCUUCCCCUGUUUCACCUAUACCCUCGACGCAUAUCGAACGCGAUGGUAGUGGUGGUGAUGGUGGUGGCAGCGGCGGCGGCGACGACGUCGACGAUGACGACGACGAGAAUGAGAACGACGACAAUGACAACGACGACGACGAUGACGGCGGCGGCGGCGGCGGUGGUGGUGUAGUAGUGAUGAUGAGAAUCUUUCACGCCACCUGGUAUAAUCGUGUCGGCGCACAAAGUGAAACGUCGUCCUCAUCGUCAAGGGAAAGCGUGAAAACUGCAAGAAUCGAGAGCAUCGUUUAGAGAAACGACUUUCUCGUCGUGUGUUUUAUACACUUGAACGUCCACCGUUGAUACGUCAUCCUCGUUCUCAUCCUCUUCUCUUCUUCCUCGUUUUGCUCCUCGUCAUGUAACAUGGGUCGCACGCGAUAUCGUCGGCGGUAUCCGUAGGUGGACGUACUGCAUGUUAUAACCUCAACGAAGGAGAAACACUGUGGUCUGUUGGACCGUUCAGCUGCGAUGUGAUUUCGCGACUGAAUCAAGGGAAACCCUCUCGACCGUCGAGGAUGAGGAACGGCUUUACAGAUAUACCGGUCGCGAGUGCCGACAGCAGCACCGACGCCAUAUGGCUCGAGAAAAGCAGUCCAUCGCGGAUGGCACCUGAGCGAAUGUCACUCAGUUUCGAUAAAGUUGUUGUUAAACAAGAACGUCCAGAUGAAGCGGAAAUCCGUGAAUUGGCUGCCAAAAUGGUGGAAGCAAACAAGACGAAAAUGUUAAACAUGCCAGCGGUGCAACAACCGAGGCCGCAAUGCCUCGUACCGCAGCAGCCUAAUCUUCCCAGUAUUCUUGGGUAUCUGAACAAACGGCCAACCGACGGAUCGUCCGCUCCAAAACCGCCGACGGUUACUAUGGAGAUGAAAGCACCAGCACCCGACGACGACAGUCAGAGAGGACGAUUCGGCUGGACAAGCUUCGACGAAUGUCACAUACCUUAUAUAUUUCGGUCCGGCGAAAAGUAUUGCGCCGUACGAAUCCUAGAAUCUAAGCUUCUCAACAAGUACCUGAGCUAUCUCCAUGCGGACAUUUACAGCUGCACGUGUAUAAGGAGUUAUUAUAUCACGGAGGCUGAAAGCAAAUUAUUCAAUGAUAUUAACACUAAGCACUGUGAGAAUCAAUUCGGGAGGGACACAUUUACGUGCAAGGAUUUAGUGGUGCGUCUCUCGGACGCCAAGGAGUUUUAUACGUUUCUCGAUGUGUGUUACACGAAAUUGACUGCGGGUAGCAAUCCGAAUGUAACGAGUGGACGCAAAGCGGAGAAGUGCGGUUUCAUACGAAUAAAUAAAGAGUCUGUGGUACCUUACACGGUAAAGGAUGGUCUACAGUACGUGCCGUUAUUUUAUUUUGAGGGCGAAACGGAGAACCUCAAGCUAAAAGCGGAAAAGCUCGAGGGCUGGGAUCUAUCGUACUUGAAGUUUUGCUGUAAAGUACAGGGUAUACGUAACGAAUUGUUCGCCAGUGAAACGUGUUCGGUAAUCAGUUUGAAUGAUAUUAAGAGUUACUUUCCACCGGGUACUGGCUUCGAGGACUAUUGGCCGACCAAAGUAAUGGACUCGCAGUUAUUGGUGAACAGCAAUGGCAAUGGUAGCGGCGGAGGAUGGACGAAACAACCGCCCACACCGCCGGCGACUAAACCUACUUCUGUGCAAAACGCGAAUAAAAUAGUACCACCUUUAAACGCGCGUGCCACACCGAUGCCUAAUAUAAUGCCGCGGGGAACUGUCGUGAGUACGGCGCCGCAGAUGGCGCGACUAGGACAGACUAGGUCCGUAGUGACAACACAUCCCGCGCAUUCUUCUCCAUCGGGACUUCCCGCCAGUAGAUCAAACAUAGUAUCGCAACCUAUGUUGAAUAACGUACAAGGUGUAGUUAACGGCUGGUCAGGUCUCGUCGGCGGCCAACCCACCUUUCAACCGGCACUCAAUUCCCCAGCUAGUUCCCUUAUACGUGCAACUUUGAAUAUGCACAAUCAAAUGACUGCUGCCUCCAAAAACUAUCCCCAACAGUCGAGAAGUAGAACGGGCAAUAGUGGAACAGCAGCUCAAUAUGCUGGGGUAUAUCCGACUACAACUAUGCAAGCCCAAGUUGCUCAAGCCCAACCACCACCUCCUCUUGUACGAGCAACUGUUCACUCCAAUCAACCCAAUCUUGGUUAUCCCACCUAUGGGAAGGAUGAUUGGGUGACCACUACAUAUACAACACCUACAUUAGGUGUACCUAAUGCAGUCACAGCAAGUACAUAUCCACAGAUGCUUGGCUUGAGCGAACAAGUCCAAGCUUUAAUGCCAGUACAUACAUCAGCAUCAACUUUAUUACAUCCGCAAAGACACACACCAUCUGUACAUAACACAUCUCAUGUAAAAUAUCCACCUCCCUUAAUACCAGUCAACGGUAGCAGCGGUAGCAGCAGCAGUUCCAGGGAUACCCGAGGGAGAAAACCAUUAAUACCGAUAUCAGAAACACAUAUGUCACCUUGCCAUGUACAACCUUACCAAAUACAGAAAGCGCUAGUUGAAGAAAAAAUGGUACCCUGCAUCAACUUCAAACCUUACAUCUACACUGAAUUGUUAAUGACACUUCCCGAUUUUAUUUCCAACUUUUUUCCUGCCUGUGACAUCGAGAGUUGUAAACAAGUCCUUACAGACGUUCUACAAAUAGACUUAUAUCAAGGAAAUAGACUACAAAUGCAGAUGUUAAUGGACGCAGGCAAAUGUUCUUCGCUAGUUGAAAAUCUACCUUUGAUCCAAGUUAGGAGUGUAAUGAAAUACAUGCCGCAAUUCAAAUAUAUGUUUAAUAGAGGAGAUAUGGUCAUGCCUUCCCCAGCUCAUUCGUCCGAAGAGCACCCUGCCAAAAAGCGUCAACGUACCAGCUAGGAUUGGCUACAGCCUUACUGGCCUACUUACGAUUAUUAUCAUUCGGCGUUCUAAAUAAGCCGAUAACACGUCGAUUUGCGUAUUUAACAUCGUUGUGAUACGCCCGCGAGAUAUUUAAAUAAAAGAUUAUAUUUCGUGUGUGAUACGCAACAAAAAGUACACACAUCCGACGAUUCAAGUUUAUGUACAGUGACAGCAGAGAGCUAUUUCUUUCUCCAAAAUGUAUUUACUGAAAAGAAUGUGACUGUAAAUAAAACUGAGACAUGUAAAUUUAGAAUAUUAUGGUUGACAAUUAAGAUCUGCUUUUUGUUUAUUUUAUUUUGUUCAAAAUCUGCUAUAAUGUGCGAAAUACUACAUUGUCGCAGGACACAAAUAGACUUAAGAGAGGAAGAGAGCAUUCUUAUUUUUAAAUUAAAUAUAUCCUAUCAUUCCACAUAUAUAUAUACAUGCACGUAUAUAAACAUGCGCGUGCAAUAUAUAAAAUACACAUUACUUUAUUUCUACCUCUUUGCAACAUUAAAAAAAUAGUAAUCUUUUAGACUUUCCAUUUUUCAUAGUGUUCUUGUUACAUGUCAAUAUAUUGUUUAUUUUAUGAGUUUUAUUUUAAAAAGAAAUUCGGAGAAAGAAAAUGCUAUUGUCCAAUUUACAGAUGGACAUGACGUGCUAUGGAGUUAUUCAAAAUGAAUAACCUAUUUUGCAUAUUAAACAUAUAUCAAUAAAAAGCGAAAAAUGGAAGUAAUGCUUCUUCAAGUUCCUAGCUAUUACUAGUACGUAUUACGAUAACUAGCUGCAAGCUAAUUUAAAAAUGUUAAUUCAUUUAUUCAUUGUGAGUUUUUAUACCAUUUUCAUAAAAUUUUGUUUAAUGAAAGCAUUACUGUACGUAAUGCCGAACAAUUUUUUUCGUUUCAAUUGUUUAACAAAUACACUGUAUACAGGAGAGUGUGAUAGACGUAUCAAAUGAAAUGAUAAAGUGAAACAAAUGUCUACUUAAUGUGAAAAGAUUGCAGUAAGCAAUAUCUCGUGGACUACAUUUAUGAAAGAUGAAUAAUAUAUAAAAAUGACAUUUCCACAAAUCGUUAAAAAAAAGUAAAAUUGACACAUUCUGUUUGUUUCUAUAUUUUAAUAUUUAUAUUUAUGAAUAGUAUUUCUCAAUAUAUUGCUGCUGCAUCUUCCUGAUAUUCAUAUUGUAAAUUUUUGCUUUAAGACAAUUAAUUUUAUUAUUUAAAAAUUUUUCGAAAUUUGUUACACAGUUACAUUUACAUUUUUGUACCUAUACUCAGUAUUUGUUGAGGAUAAGUAUCUCAUGAUAGGGUUAGCGUGAAAUUUGUCACAUAUGAUUCAAAUAGAAAUAUAAAAAAUAUAUAUAAAAUUUUGCGAGAGACAGAAAGAGAAACAAUAUUUAUUCACGUUAAAUGUGUUGUACACAUCGAGAAUAUUAUAACAAAUCUAUUUGAUCAAGAUUUUAGAAAAAAUGUUUAAAAACAAUAAAUGUGUGGUAGAAUUAAGUCCAAUGCAAUUAUGCUCAAAGUUAAAGCCAGAUUCAGUUGUGACCGUUUCACGCUUAACCCAUUUCAUAUACAUAUUAAAUUUGUGUAUGCAUUUGAAAAUAUCCAAGCUGCAACAUGUAUAGAAGACUAUUAAAACGUACGUAGAGCGUAACUGUGAAGGAAAAUGCAAUGACAUUCAAGCGAUGAAAAAAUCUAUUUAAUAUUCGAAAACACAUUGAAAUAGUCUUCCAUUUUGAUCCAUAAUGCGUUACGAGAAUCAAAUUUUGCUUUAAGUUUAAUAAAUUAUUUCAGAACAUUAUCAAUGCACACAUUAUUAAUGAGUCUUCGAUAAUUGUCGUUUAUUUUCACUUAUAAUAAUAGAAUGCAAAACGCAAUAGUGCCCUACGUUUUGGGACAAUGUAUAAGAUGCUAUUUUAUCUCUUCUCGAUGUGGGACAGAGGUUUAAAUAGUUAUUAUCGACCGGCUAUAUAUACUUUCGUCACUCACUAACUUUAGCGUUAAGAAAUCUCUAAAAAAAAUGUACAUGGCAAACACAAGUGUAUAUAAAGAGAUAAUUAUAACGACUGAUUCACGUCGAACGUGAAUCUUCCACACAAAAAAACAGAAAUUGUUCGUAUAUCCUGUCGUAAUAUCAAUAUAUUUCAUCAUUUAUAAAGAAUAUUUUGUUGGCUCACCAUUUUUAAAAGAUCUUAUUAUUGCUAUUGAGAUUGUAGAAAAAAAAUUCGAAAAUCACAAACACACAAUUUACGGUUAUUAUUUAAAUAAAAAUAUUUGAGCGAUAAAAUAUUUCAUUUAAUUUUGAUACAUAUAGCUUUUUAUUUAAUUUAGUUUCUGUAAUAUUCGAUAUUAUGUACGUACACAACAGAUUUAUGAUUAUCAAAAAUACCAUAUAUGGAAUUUUAUAUCUUUUACCUCAUUUUUACAGAUAAGAGUAAGUUUGAUGCGAUUAUAAAACAAUGCUAUAUUUUGCAGAAAGAGAUAUAGGACUGCAUAUGUAUAUAUGUAGCAAAGAAUAGUACAUGUUGAUUUUACGUCAUAAUUCUUUAGUGCAGCAAGAAAUGUUUAUAGAAUUUCUUGAAUUAUUUUAACAUGAAUGCAUACCAAUUUUAUUUUAUUUUACAUAUCUAUGUUAUACGCGUUGCAUUCUUCUUAAAAAACAAAAAAAAAAAAGAGAAAAAAAAAGAAAAA